GCCUUAAGCGAGUGGAAUCAGUCGCCCACAAGGUUCCGUAACAUCACCUAACUGACGGCAAAACAAAAAAAUGUCGGCUUAGUUUGCAGGUUUCAGCUCAGCCCCCCCUCUCGCUGCUUCAUCAGAUAAAACUGUGGAACUAUGUACCCUGGUGGUUAUACUGCUGAAGUUACAAGCUUGUCACCUAAAGCCACAGAGCAGGAUGUUUACGACUUUUUCUCUCACUGUGGCGCGGUCGAGCAUGUUGAAAUCCUCAGAUCGGGCGAGUAUGCGUGUACUGCAUAUGUGACCUUCCGAGAUGCUUUUGCUCUGGAAACUGCUAUUUUGCUUAGUGGAGCUGAAAUUCUAGAUCAAUGUGUGUUCAUAUCCCGGUGGGGAACGUAUAUAGAUGAAUCCGACACUUCGAACAGUCCUUCACGAACAACCGAUGACAAUACAAGUUUAAUGGUGACACAAAUAAUGCACUCUGUUUACACACCUGGAGAGGCUGUAACUAUGGCUCAACAAGUUGUCAAAACAAUGCUAUCAAAGGGAUAUGUUUUGACCAAAGAUGCCCUUGUGAAGGCUAAAGCUUUUGAUGAUUCUUGUCAAGUCUCAGCUACUGCAGCGGCCAAAGUUUCUGAGCUCAGCAACAGAAUUGGCCUCACUGAGAAGAUUCAUGCUGGCAUGGAAACUGUUAAGUACAUCGACGAGAAGUUUCACGUCUCUGAUAUCACUAGAUCCGCUGCAGCUGUUACUGGAACAGCGGCCGUGGUGGCUGUUACGAUGACAGGGAAAGCAGCAAUGGCAGCAGGUAACGCCAUGGUAAACAGUAGCUACUUUUCGAAGGGAGCGUUGUGGGUUUCGGAUAUGUUGAGCCGUGCUGCUAACGCUGCAGCUGAUGUAGGUAAGAAUACCAGUAAAGGAAUAACAAAACUUUGAAUCCAACCAACACAAAUAACUUUCGUUCUUUAAUUUCUACAAUCAAGUUUCCAUUGUUGUUUGUCACUCAUAUUCUGAUACUUGAUGUGCAACUUCUAGAUGUUAUUGUAUAAGUAAUCACACCCCCAUGCUCUGAAA